GCCGCCUUCCACACUACUGGUGGCGUGUGUGGAACACUUUUCUCUCUCCAUCCGGUUCGACUAACCGGGAAAUUACUAAAAACUAAACAAGUUUUUUGUUUCAGUGUUCCCUCAUUUACUCCGGAUUCUUUAAGACGCUGACGGAGAUCUUCUCAGCGAACAAAUCUGGUGCGCAUCGGUAGUUUUUGCGGAGUUUCAUCUGCAUCUUCUGCCUCCUUGCGCAGCGUGUGUUUCACGUGGGGGACGGACUCAUCACCAUUCUGAAACAUCCAUCAAUUCCCCGGUUACAGCGGUUAGCAUUUAGCUGUCCGAGGAAAAAUGGCAAAGAUGGCAACCUUGAUCCUAGAGGACGGGACGACGUUUAAAGGCCUCCUUUUUGGUGCAAAUGUGUCAGUGUCGGGAGAAGUUGUGUUUCAGACGGGCAUGGUAGGCUACCCCGAGGCUCUUACUGACCCAUCCUACUGCAGCCAGCUCCUGACCCUCACUUACCCUCUGGUCGGCAACUAUGGUGUGCCGAAGGACGAAGACGGAGAGUUUGGACUAAGCAAGUGGUUUGAGUCAUCAAAGAUCCACACUGCGGCUCUGAUAAUCGGAGAGCUGUCAGAAAGUCCCAGUCACUGGAAUUCAGUCAAGUCACUGGACCAGUGGCUCAAAGAGCAAGGUGUUCCUGGAUUACAAGGCAUUGACACCCGGCGUCUGACCAAAAAGAUCAGAGAGAAGGGCACCAUGUUGGGGAAGCUGGUUGUGGACGGGACUCCUGAAGACAGUAUUCCCUUUGAUAACCCGGACCAGAAAAACCUGGUCCGGGAGGUCUCCAUGAAGGAGCCCAGAGUAUUCAACCCCAGCGGUAAUUUGCGUAUCACUGUGGUGGACUGUGGCAUCAAAUACAACCAGAUCCGCUGCCUGGCUCAGAGAGGAGCCUGUGUCACUGUCGUACCCUGGGACCACCCACUGGACAGCGCAGAUUUUGAUGGUUUGUUCAUCAGUAACGGCCCCGGGGAUCCCCAGUUCUGUCAGACCACCAUCAACAACGUGAGGAAGGUGGUCUGUGUGGAACGUCCCAAGCCAGUCUUCGGUAUUUGCCUCGGACACCAGCUGCUCUCUCUAGUCAUUGGAUCAAAGACCUUCAAGAUGAAGUACGGUAACCGUGGCCACAACCAGCCGUGCAUCCACAAGGGAACAGGUCGCUGCUUCAUCACCAGUCAAAACCACGGGUUCGCUGUCGACCCCAACACGCUGCCGAAAGACUGGGAUGUCCUCUUCACCAACGCCAAUGAUCAUACCAACGAGGGCAUCGUACACAACACACAACCCCUGUUCAGUGUUCAGUUCCACCCAGAGCACAUGGCCGGUCCCACAGAUCUGGUCAGCUUGUUCGAUGUCUUCCUUGACACCGUGAAAGAGCACAAGGAGGGCAAAGCUACCAAAUCUGUGAAGCAGCGUCUGCUGGACCAUCUCACCUUCCCGGGAUCUCCAAAGCCUGCGGAGGUAUUCCGACCCAGGAAGGUCCUCAUCCUGGGCUCUGGAGGACUGUCCAUCGGCCAAGCUGGGGAGUUUGACUAUUCUGGCUCCCAGGCAAUUAAGGCUCUCAAGGAAGAGAAUGUCCAGACUGUCCUGAUCAACCCCAACAUUGCCACUGUGCAGACCUCCAAGGGCCUGGCUGACAAAGUCUACUUCCUGCCUAUCACGCCGGAGUAUGUCACUCAGGUGAUAAAGAACGAACGUCCGGACGGUGUGCUGCUGACCUUCGGUGGUCAGACCGCUCUGAACUGUGGCGUGGAGCUGACCAAGCUGGGCGUCCUGGAGAAGUAUAAAGUCAAGGUUCUGGGAACACCGGUGGCCUCCAUCGAGAUGACAGAGGACAGGAAGAUCUUUGUGGAAAAAAUGGAAGAGAUCAAUGAACAUGUUGCUCCCAGUGAAGCAGCUCUGUCUGUGGAGCAGGCAGUGGCAGCCGCAGAACGUCUGGGCUACCCUGUUCUGGUUCGUUCUGCAUUCGCUCUUGGUGGUCUGGGCUCAGGCUUUGCCAACAAUAAAGAGGAGUUAACCUCCCUGGUGACAUCCGCCUUCGCCCACACCUCCCAGGUACUGGUGGACAAAUCACUGAAAGGCUGGAAGGAGAUCGAGUACGAGGUGGUCCGUGAUGCCUAUGACAACUGUGUCACUGUGUGUAAUAUGGAGAAUAUUGACCCUCUGGGCAUUCAUACUGGAGAAUCCAUUGUGGUGGCGCCAAGUCAGACGCUAAACGACUAUGAAUACAACAUGCUGAGGAACACGGCCAUCAAAGUCAUCAGGCACCUCGGCAUUGUAGGAGAGUGCAAUAUCCAGUACGCUCUUAACCCUGAGUCUGAACAGUACUACAUCAUUGAGGUGAAUGCCCGUCUGUCGCGGAGUUCGGCCCUGGCCAGUAAGGCGACAGGUUAUCCUUUGGCCUAUGUAGCAGCUAAACUUGGCUUGGGGAUCCCGCUGCCACAACUCAAGAACUCUGUUACCAACUCAACAACAGCAAACUUUGAGCCUAGUUUGGACUACUGUGUCGUGAAGGUGCCUCGCUGGGAUCUCAGCAAGUUUCUCAGGGUUUCCACCACGAUUGGCAGCUCCAUGAAGAGUGUUGGUGAGGUGAUGGCUAUCGGCCGCAGCUUUGAGGAGGCCUUCCAGAAAGCUCUGAGGAUGGUGGAUGAGAACUGUGUUGGCUUUGACCACACCAUCAAGCCUGUCUCUGAAAAGGAGUUGCAGACUCCUACAGAUAAGCGUAUCUUUGUUUUGGCGGCGGCAUUCAGAGCCGGCUACACGGUGGACCAGCUGUACGAGCUCACCAAGAUCGACCGCUGGUUCCUGCACAAGAUGAAGAACAUCGCUGACCACGAGCGACUGCUGGAGACAUACAACCAGGAUGAGAGUGCCAUGCCUCCAGAGGUGAUGAGAAAGGCCAAACAGCUUGGCUUCUCAGACAAGCAGAUAGCAUUAGCUGUACAGAGCACAGAGCUUGUUGUGAGAAAGCUGCGUCACGAUUGGUCGAUCCUACCUGUAGUGAAGCAGAUUGACACGGUGGCCGCUGAAUGGCCCGCCCACACAAACUACCUGUACUUGACCUACCACGGUACAGAGAACGACCUGCUCUUCAACGAUCAGCACGUCAUGGUCAUCGGCUCGGGUGUGUACCGCAUUGGCAGCAGUGUGGAAUUUGAUUGGUGUGCCGUCGGGUGCAUCACGGAGCUCAGGAAGAUGGGUUAUAAGACCAUCAUGGUGAAUUACAACCCAGAGACGGUCAGCACAGACUACGACAUGUGUAACCGCCUCUACUUUGAUGAGAUCUCCUUUGAGGUGGUGAUGGAUAUCUAUGAGAAGGAAAACCCAGAGGGAGUGAUCCUCUCUAUGGGAGGCCAGCUGCCCAACAACAUCGCCAUGUCGCUGCACCGUCAGCAGUGCCGCAUCUUGGGGACUUCACCCGAGUUCAUCGACAGUGCCGAGAACAGGUUCAAGUUCUCCCGAAUGCUGGACACCAUCGGAAUCAGCCAGCCACAGUGGAAGGAGCUCUCUGACACCGAGUCUGCUAUGAAGUUUUGUGAGACUGUGGGUUAUCCCUGCCUGGUUCGUCCUUCCUACGUUCUCAGCGGAGCAGCCAUGAACGUCGCCUACAGUGACAGCGACCUCGAGAAAUACCUGAGUAGCGCUGUAGCUGUGUCCAAGGAACACCCUGUUGUCAUCUCCAAAUUUAUACAGGAGGCCAAGGAGAUAGACGUGGAUGCUGUAGCCUGUGAUGGGGUAGUGAUGGCCAUCGCAGUGUCUGAACAUGUGGAGAAUGCCGGCGUUCACUCUGGUGAUGCCACACUGGUGACACCACCGCAGGACCUCAAUCAGAAGACGAUGGAGAGGAUCAAGAUGAUCGUCCAUGCCAUCGGCCAGGAGCUGCAGGUCACUGGACCUUUCAACCUGCAGCUGAUUGCCAAGGAUGACCAACUGAAGGUGAUCGAGUGCAACGUCCGAGUCUCCCGCUCCUUCCCCUUUAUAUCCAAGACCCUGGGUGUUGACCUGGUUGCAAUGGCAACUCAAGUCAUUGUGGGGGAGAACGUGGAGCCUGUGGGCCUAAUGAGAGGAAAAGGGAUUGUAGGAGUCAAGGUUCCUCAGUUUUCAUUCUCUCGGCUGGCCGGAGCUGAUGUGGUGCUCGGGGUGGAGAUGACCAGCACUGGUGAGGUGGCCUGUUUUGGGGAGAACAGAUACGAAGCUUACCUUAAAGCCAUGCUCUCCACAGGCUUCAAGAUCCCCAAAAAGAACAUCCUGCUCUCCAUUGGCAGCUACAAGAACAAGAGUGAGCUGCUGCCCACCGUGCAGGCUCUGGAGUCUCUGGGUUAUGACCUGUACGCCAGUCUGGGUACUGCAGAUUUCUACACAGAACAUGGAGUCAAGGUGACAGCAGUGGACUGGCCUUUUGAGGAGGAGGAAGACAGUGAGUGUCCCACUAAAGAGAAGCAGCGCAGCAUCAUGAACUACUUGGAGGAAAACCACUUUGAUCUUGUCAUCAACCUCUCCAUGAGGAACAGCGGAGGUCGCAGGCUCUCCUCCUUUGUCACCAAAGGCUACAGGACGAGACGCAUGGCCAUCGACUACUCUGUCCCGCUCAUCAUCGAUAUCAAGUGCACCAAGCUCUUUGUCCAGGCUCUUCGUCAGAUUGGUAGGACUCCACCAGUGAAAACUCACAUUGACUGCAUGACGUCCCAGACGCUGGUCCGUCUGCCCGGUCUGAUCGAUGUGCAUGUUCACUUACGGGAGCCUGGUGCCACACAUAAGGAGGACUUCUCCUCUGGUACAGCAGCUGCUCUGGCGGGAGGAGUGACCUUGGUGUGUGCGAUGCCCAACACCUCCCCUGCCAUCACAGACCCCAGCACUCUGGCUCUGGUACAGAAGCUGGCCAAAGCGGGCUGCCGCUGUGACUACGCCCUGUAUGUGGGCGCUGCUUCAGACAAUGCAGCUGUCCUGCCGUCCAUCGCUAGCCAGGCUGCCGGCCUGAAGAUGUACCUGAACGACACGUACUCGACCCUCAAGAUGGACAACGUCUCUCUCUGGAUGGAGCACUUUGAGAAGUGGCCCAAGCAGAUGCCCAUCGUCGCUCACGCUGAGAAGCAGACGGUGGCUGCGAUCCUCAUGGUGGCUCAGCUCUACCAGCGGCCAGUCCACAUCUGCCACGUGGCCAAGAAGGAGGAGAUCCUGAUAAUCCGAGCAGCGAAGCAGAAGGGUAUCCAGGUCACGUGUGAGGUGGCGCCUCAUCACCUCUUCCUUUGUGAGGAAAAUGUGGCAGAGAUCGGUGAUGGCCGAGCGCAGGUCCGACCCACGCUGGGAACACUUGAGGACAUGGAGGCUCUCUGGGAAAACCUGGACAUCAUUGACUGCUUCGCCACAGACCACGCUCCCCACUCUCUAGAGGAGAAGAACAGCGAUCAUCCCCCUCCAGGUUACCCCGGCCUGGAGACGAUGCUGCCGCUGCUGCUGACCGCUGUCAGUGAUGGGCGUCUUACUCUGGAUGAUAUUAUCAGGCGUCUUUAUGACAACCCUCGCAAGAUCUUCAACCUGCCUGUCCAAGACAACACCUAUGUGGAGGUGGACUUGGAGCAGGAGUGGGUGAUUCCUCAGGCCAUGCAAUUCACUAAGUCAAAGUGGACACCUUUCCAGGGUCUGAAGGUGAAGGGUAAAGUCCGCCGCGUGGUUCUUCGAGGAGAGGUGGCCUACAUCGAUGGCCAGGUGUUGGUACCUCCAGGUUAUGGUGAAGACGUGAAGACCUGGCCCACAGCUUCCAUCCUUCCUCUUGAACCUGCUAAAGAGAGUCCGAGGGUACUCAAAGUGGAAAAACUACUAAUACCAAAAAAGAUAACCACUCCAGAGCACCCGCGUCCUACUCCUCCCCGGGAAGGCUCGGUCCGAACCCGAGCGCCCAGCCCUCGACGAUCAGUAGGGGAGAGCCGCUACAUGCUGCCGCCACGCAUCCACCGCGCCUCUGAUCCUGGACUACCACCAGAGAUGGUUAUGUUCCCACCAGCUGGUGUUGGGGAUGGUUACAGCCACCCUCCUCCUCUGUCCAGGUUGUUUUCCCCUCAGUCAGGACCAGGACAGAUGCUUGCUGGACCGGUGUCCCACUUCCAGACCUCUCCUCUGCUGCACCCGCUGGUCGGCCAGCACAUCCUGUCUGUCAGGCAGUUCAGCAAAGAGCAGAUCUCACACCUUUUUAAUGUUGCCCACACUUUGCGUUUGUUGGUUCAGAAGGAACGAAGCCUGGACAUCCUGAAAGGUAAGGUGAUGGCGUCCAUGUUCUAUGAAGUCAGCACUCGCACCAGCAGCUCCUUCGCGGCGGCCAUGCAGCGUCUGGGCGGCUCAGUCGUCCACUUCAGUGAAUCCACCUCAUCGACACAGAAAGGAGAAUCUCUGGCGGACUCUGUCCAGACCAUGAGCUGCUACGCUGACGUUCUGGUGCUCCGACACCCAACACCUGGAGCUGUAGAGAGUGCAUCUCGUCAUUGCCGUAAGCCUGUGAUAAAUGCUGGAGAUGGUGUGGGGGAGCAUCCAACCCAGGCGCUGCUGGACGUCUUCACCAUCAGAGAGGAGCUGGGGACGGUCAACGGCAUGACGAUAACCAUGGUUGGGGAUCUGAAACAUGGCCGCACGGUUCAUUCUCUCGCUAAACUGCUGACCCAGUACCGUAUCACCCUGCGCUACGUGGCUCCCAAGAACCUCCACAUGCCAGCAGAGAUCAUCAGCUACGUGGCCUCCAAGGGCAUCAAACAGGAGGAGUUUGACAGUAUUGAGGAAGCUCUGCCUGAGACCGACGUCCUCUACAUGACAAGGAUCCAGAAGGAGAGGUUUGCAACUGAGGAGGAGUACAAGGCUUGUUUUGGCCAGUUCAUCCUCACCCCUCACAUCAUGACUGUAGCCAAAAAGAAGAUGGUAGUGAUGCAUCCGCUGCCCAGAGUCAAUGAAAUCAGCGUGGAGGUGGACACAGACCCAAGAGCAGCAUAUUUCCGCCAGGCAGAGAACGGCAUGUACAUCCGAAUGGCCCUGUUGGCUACUGUACUGGGCAGAUAGAUCCACAUGCUGCAUAUUUGUAGCACAAAUAGUCAAACCUUUACAAUAAUAAGUGUUAGACACCAGCAUUUUCUUUCCUGAAAACUGUCCUUGAAAAGUGUUAGCAGAGUUAAAUAAAAUAGACUUAAACUGAGUCAUAAAGUUACAAAGGUAUAUCACGCACAUGAUGCUGCUUUUCUUCAGUUUGAAAGACCACUACUUUGCUUUUCAUUCAUAUCUCACCUGCAAAACUACUGUCUCAUUACAGCAACUAGAUAUUAAAAUGUCUUAAAACACAAUUAACGUUUUCCAUAAAACUGCUUCUUAACUAGAAAUAAUUUAGAUGUAGCUGUAUUUGGACCAGUGAGAUUUUGUUUGUUUGUGAUGGUUACAGACAAUCAGUAUUUGUGCAUCCAUGAGCCUGCUGGAGGAGCUGGGGAAGACUCCUUGGAAGAAAAAAGGGCAUUGAUGGUACUAUGAUGUGUGAUAUUAUAAAAAUAAAUCUUUUGGUAAAUGGGUCACAUGUGCAGCCACUGUAACAAAGCUGCUGCACAGCUGUUUCCUCAUCUACUCAGCUGUAGGUAAUUUUAAAGGGACCAGUCAGGAUAUUAUAAGUGAGAAAAGAGAAAACGACUGCCAGCAGUUUGGCGUAAGGGAUUGCUCUAUUCUGACCAAUUGUGCCAAUUAUAUUUACUGUGAGAAAAACCUGUUGUCAUCUUUAACGUUCCUUUGCGUAAACGUGUAGCACCACUUGUCCUUGGUGGUUUAGGUGUAUUGCUGUAACUGUCAGUAAUUUCUUAUACUGUUACAGUUUAUAUGCAAAUGUUCUUUUUUUUAAAUACAAAUGGGGAAUUUGUGUCAUUUAAGUGAGUGGCUUUGUGAUAUGUAGAGAAAUAAAUAAUAAAAGACUAUUUUCCCUUUUGCA